AUGAUUUUUAUUAGGAGAGACAAAUGCAAUGCUUUUACUGGUUUUGCAAUCAAACGAAUCAAUGGUGAAACAUUGAUAUGGGCUGUGAUCUUAACCAUCACAUCGGUCGUAUGUCUGCUGUUCAUGGCAAUCAUUGCCAAACAAUAUUAUAAAUAUGAAACCACCAUAUCGAUCUACAAUGAACAACCGGAUGUCCUGAAUGAAUUGCCCGCCAUCACUAUUUGUGCGGCCAAUGUUUUCACUCCUAGACAACUAGCAGCACUAUUUCCUGAGUUUAACGAAACUUAUGCUCGAUUCUUGGCCAAAAAACGAAACAAUCAUUUGCCCAAUCAACAAGAAAUCAUUGAAAACCAGAAAGCAUUCGAUAGAUUCGAAUCGAAAGCGUUCGAGGAUUACACCGCCUACGAGGUGAUAGUAGAGAAAAGUGUUCAAAUCGAAGAAAUUGUAGCCGGUUGUAAAGUGUAUCCGGUUAGCAUUCGAAACAUGUUUGACAGUGUCACUCUGGUCGAGGAUCCAUUAUCGAUCGAUGGCAUAGAAUGUUCCAACUUGCAGGAAUACAUGCCUAGUGUCUAUGAAGGUCAAAAGUGUUUUACCUAUUUUAGCUCUAUGCACGACAUGAAAGAAAAAUGGCUUCAAUACAUACCACCAAUUGCCGAUGUAGAACGUUUAGUCUUCGAACAAUGUGUCAAUGAUUCAUUGUCAUGUCAUUGGCCAACUCGUCAAUCAAAUCGAACAUGGAAUCAUUGUCUUCGGGACAAUUUUGCAAUCUUUUAUGACCUUCAAACGAUGAUCAAGAUUGAUAUCCGUAUGGAUAUUGAUACACUUCACUUUCUUUCGGAAAAAGCCAUCAAACUGACUGUCCAUUCGUCAGAUACGUUGAUCAAUAAACGUAAAUACAAAUAUCUACAUGUGACCGGACCAUAUUUGUAUGAAGUUGUCUUCACACGACGAAUGUCCAUGUUAAUGGAUCGACCGUAUCGACCAUUCUGCAGCCAUUACGGUAAACAUAGCGAGGAUCCAAAGUUGCAAGUAUUCCAUACGAACGAGGAAUGUCGCAAUUAUUGCAUCAAGAAUCAUAUCUCACAAAUGGCUCAUUCAUGUCAAAGUUACUAUAACGUAUUGUCUGCUUCGGCUGUUUUCGAAGAAUCGUUACGCCGCGAACAUAUCUGCCCACAUGACCAACAGAACAUUAGUCUAUAUCUGGUGGCCAAACAAAGCUGCGAGGCCGUUUGUCCAGAAGAGUGUCAUCAAUCUAUUUAUGAAAUAUCCGGUUAUCGGUCAUUCAGUCGUGGACUGUUUGAUUGUACCGAUGAAAUGAUCUACGAGCAACAACAGAUAACAAACUGCUUCGCUCAAGUCUACAUACGACCUUCGACAGAACCGUUCCAACUUAUACAACAUCGUCCUGCCAUUUCGUAUGAGGAAGUGAUUGGUGCCAUAGGUGGCAAUAUUGGCAUGUGGCUUGGAAUGUCUAUCUUUUCGAUCAUCUCGUUGUCCGUUUCAUGUUUGCAACGAUGUUUGGUCAAAAUGGUCUACGGCCAACAUCGUGGUUAAACAUACACACAUCUGUGGAAAAAACGAGCCAUUACGUCAACACAAAUCAACGGAAAUACAGUUCAAACAUGCAAAAUGAAAAAACAAUGAUUGAGUUGUCAUCAUGGCCAAUUUAAUAGAUGAUAAUUUCCUCUUCAUCAUUAAUUAAAAUUGGUGCCAGUCUGAUUAAAUAUUUCGCUGUAAAACUUGAAUCGAAUCCAAAUAUCGAUCUUGGUUAGCCAUCUUCUUCUCAACUGGUUGCCAAGAUCAAGAAGCAGAUGCUUUA